AUGAACGGUCAAGCCGAUCGGUGCGACCGAACUGCGUAUGUGUCGGGUCUUCAGCCGACUAUCUCGGACAUAGAACUUUUCGAAGUGUUCAAUCGAGUUGCUCACGUCGAGAAGGUUAUUGUGCGCAACGGAGCCGUACGCCACGCGUUAGUCGUUUUCAAGUAAGAAUUUUGAUAACUUUUCUUACUAUUGUGUUGUUUUUUUCAGGUCAGUGCAAGGCCUCUAUAAAGUGCUCGUGGAGUUUCAAGGAUCUUAUCUUCACGGUCGACAACUGCACAUUCGUCCAUUGAGAGAAAGUUCGCAUGCCAACACGGAGAAACUUGCCAACAUGUGGGAGAGAUACACGACCCACGGGCACCCACAUCAUCGGCGACCAGCAUCGGUCCAGGAACGGUUGUCUCCAGCUUCCUUUGUCCAACCUACUGAUACAAACAUCAACACGCACAGAAACUGUCGUGGAUACCGUAACUCAUCCGGUUCAUCGGAAAGACGUUGUUCUGAAUACAACAGGAAUGUUUUUCCCAACGAAACGUACGCUGGAUUAGAAAAAUUUGACAACCAUCCGGUUCCACAGUACGCCAGCCUCCGCACCGAUAACUUCCAUUUCGACGACUACACUGAGGGAGCCAGACGGUUAGAGAAUCUUAUAGCUACAAUUAAUCACAUUUUUCUCUUUAAGAUUCGACGGUCUCGCUGUUUUGCGCGCAAAUACUCCUCCACCUCCGUUCGCGAACUGUCAAGAGGGCCCAAAGUCGUAAUUUUUUCAUAUUGUGAAUAAUUCUCCUCUUGUUUCAGAGAAUGUGAUUCGCAGAAAGGCGAGCCGAGAUGUCGUUCCGGUUCAUCCAGAGAAAUGGCAAAGACAGCUCCGCCUACGUGGAAAAUGGAGUUGCAGAUCAAGAGAAAUGAAGUGGAAGGCAACUGGAAGCCAAAUGAACCGGCUGUGCCACCACCGCCGUUGCGCUCGGACGUUUCGAUGACACCACAGCAGUUCUUCGCAGAAAUUGCUCAAGCUGAGCUGCAACACGAACAAGCGCUGAGAAAGAAGCGUCCUAAUCUGUCGGUCAUCAAUCCGUCGCUUUUCUACGAGCAGUAUCCAAGAACCUCGUCGCCCGUCCAUUUCAUGCCUUCGAGUAUCGAUCACCGUGUUUUCUCAAUCAAUUUUAUCGUUUUUCAGUGCAAAGCCAUGGCGACAGGAUCCCAUCGCCCCAUGAUCCGGCCGUUCUUGCUUACAGUCACAUGCGCGUUCCUCAGUCGGCGUUCGCUGGCCUAUCGCCGAUCGACACGAACAACUGUUCCUUCAUAACCAAACACCUCGGAACCUCCAACGAGAAUGCCUCCAAUCUCUCUCAGAUUCGCCGUGACAUGACCAAUGAAGAGCUAUCCGAUAUGAUUGUCUCCACUGGCAACUUACGGAUCAACCCGGUGGUCGGACAGCAGUGCAGUCUGUACGAUAACUCGGUGAACGAUGAGCCGGCUCCGUGGUCUCCAGUCAAACGUCUUCGUGCCGAGAGUGGAUCACUGUCAACUGCUCAGUUCGUCAGUCCUCAGUUCUCUCCGAUCAGAUCGAAGCCGACAGAGUUCAGUGAGACGGAGGAUGAGGUUUUCAGCAGUGAGAACAAACAGCCGACCGGACAGUUGACAUCGGUCGAGACGAAACAGUAUCCACUGAACAACAACGGCAGCAAAAUUCUAAUGGAACAGAAGAUACAGAACUACGAGGACAUCAACAAUAGUCGCCUGCCGUCGAAUUCGCAUUCGGCCAAUGCAAACACUGAUAAGAAAGAAUUUGUGUUCCCGGUAACUAUGGAUGAUAUUGUGAGUAUUCAGUAGCGUCUUCAGGAUUACCCAAUGUGUCGCCAUUCUUCUGUCCCAUCGAUUGCUCACAUUGUCGGAGAUCUAUCCGACUUCGGCCUGUUGUCUCCACACGUGACUGCUGGAGCCAAGCUUCAUAUGGAUCAUUCGUCGCUACUCAGCGAGUUCCGCCCUUCCGACACGAAGUCGUGGGGCUCGAACAACUCGGGCAACCAGUUGCCGAACGAAGCGAAGCAGGCUUCGCAUCAUCAGAUGUCCCUAGAACACCUUAUUGGCAUCUGA